UGGUCCGUACACAAACAAAAUAUCGAUUUAUUAUUGUGUGUUUCAAUUUGAUGCGUGCUGUUCGCUCCGUUUGCCAUUCGUCUUUGCAAUAUUCAACGAUAAAAAAAGAAAUAAAUAAAACUCAGUCGUAAUUCCGUUCAUUCAUUUGUGUAAAAGAAAUUUAAUAUUUCCAUCGAAAUAAGAGCAAUAAUUUUCCUUUAACAUUGAAGUAAUAUUAUACGGUGCGAAACAGUAAAGUGCUAACAUGUACUGAUAUUAGUUGUGCUCAGAACCCUUUUUUGGAAAAUAAUCAAUAUUCGAAAAUUGAAUUAAAAUCCGUGAAUACUCUGAGAGAAAAUCAUAAGUUUUUCGCUCAAUUAAAGGAAAUAAUUGAAUUUCAUCGAAGAAGUGCAUUUUAUCUGGGCCAAAAAAAAAAAAUACAAUUAUAAUCAACAAGAUGACGAACAUUGACAAACUUCAAAUGGUUAAAUCAAGCCUGUUCCAAUUUGUGAACAAACACAUUAAAGCAGCCGAUUUGAGUGUCGUUGACGACAUUGUCUUGAAUUAUGUGAUUGCCAUUUUGGAAGAGGCAACCGAAGAUCCAAAUUUUGAUGUUGACGGUUUUGUUGAAAUGAUGUCAGCUUAUUUCCCGGAUUUCUCGCAAAUUGAAACAGGCAAGGUGUGCGAAUGGAUUUUCGAGUUGGCAAACGAGAUAUCGGAGAAGAAAAACACCGUUGAAAAUAAAUCAAUCGAAACAAGCUUGAAGUCACUUCGAUUGUCGGACAUCAUUCCGGAGUCAAUGCUGCGAACAAAAUCGAAUUCGGAGAGCAACGAUGGCAAAGAUGACUUGAGUGAUAUAACCAAUUCGAAUGAGAAUUUGACAACAUGUGAUUUCUUCGUGGAGGAGAGUGUUGCAUUGCAGGAAAUGUUUCCAGACAGUUCAGCAUUGGAGAUAAAGCAUUGUAUUACAAUUGCAAAUGGUGAUAUUGAUCAAGCAAUCCAAAUGAUAUUGGAUCGUGAGGAAAAGGGUGAAAGUCUAACCGGAACAUUGACUAGCAAUCAUGCAAAGCAAAAAAUUGAUGACAAUGAGUUGAAGAAUCGUAUUAUAUCACGUUAUUCGUAUGUUGAUCGUAGCACUGAAAGCAAAGAAUAUAAACCGGUUGUGCCAAAGAUUGAACCGAAGAAAAUGAUUCGAUAUCGUGAUAAUAAAAUUGUAUCGUUGCGCGGCGAACGAUACACUGAAGUGCGCAAAGGUCAAGAGGUUGAAUUGCGCAAACCGAAGAAACAACAUGUUACACCACCAUAAUCAAUGCUCAACCACAACAACUACAACCACAAUCACAUUGCCACUGAACAGCACCAUUUUACAAAUAUCACACGCAAAAAAUUAUACUACAACAAUUCACCGCAAUUCAAUGCAACUAAUUGUAUUCAAUAUUAUCUAUAUGGUAAAUGUAUUCAAAAUGUGUUUAGAAUUAAGACACGACUGCGUCGAUACAGUUGGACAAAGGUUUUGCUGAGAUAGAGAGUAAUGUGAAAAUAUUCGGACGAUCAAUCAAAAUUUGAAGAAAAAAACAAACAAACAAAAUAUAUGCGUGAAUGCAAUAGAUAUGUAUUAAAUGCAAUCCAAGAAAAGAAAAAUGAAUCUGCCUCAAAACAAAACGGCGCAGUACCCAAAUAUUGUACUCGCAUCGAUAUCAUUUAUGUUUUCACAUUCUCUUCACUGUCGUUGUGUGUAAAGGCAAAGCCAAAUUUUUUUAUAGAUUUAUUUAAUCUCUAUAUUAAUCUCAUUGGACGUUUGGGUAGAAUUUUAUUCCUACUCGAAAUGAUCAUAUUGUAUUCGUUAAAUGAUUUUACUAUGUUUAUAAAUGACCCGAACCUCUUGACAUGCAUUUCAAUGUGUGAGUGCUUUUGUGAAAACACCAUUGACAAUUUGACAUAGUGGUUGCAGCACCAUUGUCCGAAAAUCAUCGAUUUUCAUGAAAAUGUUUGCUCACCGUUCGAUUGAAAAAAAAAAGAUAAAAAAACGAUUGAAGA